CCAGAGAAGGUGCCAGAAGGACCUUUGUCCUCCUUUCCUGCCUGGGUGGGAUCCUGGGGAGGGGGAUUGUGGUGGGCUCCUGCUCCUGAGCUGCCCCACACCCUGGGGUGGGUGUAGGAGGAGAAGCUGCUGGAGUGGACCCGGUUUCCCUGCCCCAUUCCUGACCCACCCUGUGCAGGGGGACAGAGACUGGAGGCAAAAAUCCCUGCUGCAGAUCCCGAAACGCCGGCCGGGAUCCCGUAAGGAAGUGGAGGGAGGAGAGGAGCAGAAGCGAGCUGGAGCUGCAGGAGGAGAGGGGUUAAUGCUGGCCAGGGCCAGUGCCAGGGUCAGCACGGGGGGGGGCUCCUGCCGCGGGGCUGGGCUGGCAGGGGUUAAUGGGUGGCUCUUCCUCUUCCUCAUCCUCUAUAUGAGGCUGCUCCCGGCUCUGGGCUCAGUUUGCCGCGGCAGCCGGAGGGGCAGGAGCUGCGUGGGACUGGAGCAUCCAUCCCUGCAUCCCGUCCCUGCAUCCCUGCGUGGGCUCAGGGCUGAACCCAGGAGCCGAGCGAAGCCCCAGGAGCCUCCUGAGCGGCCACACCAGCCCUGCCCGGCCGCUCCGCAGGGCACGGAGCGAUCAGCGGCGAUCAGCAGCGCCGUUCUGGGGCCAUGGUGCCCCUGGGCAGCCCCACUCUCGCCGUCUGCGCCUCCGGCAACCUGCGCCUCAUGGCCCCCGGCCGCGGCUCCCCGCUGGCCUGGCUGAACCGGGGCCCCGAGUGCCCGCAGGCCCCAGGGGGCAGCGGGGGCCGCAGGGCCAGCGCCGUGGAGCGCCUGGAGGCCGACAAGGCCAAGUACGUGAAGUCGCAGCAGGUGAUCAGCCGGCGGCAGGAGCCGGCGCUGCGGGGCUCGCCGCGGCUCUCCCCGCACGGGCGGCGCCGCCUCGCCCGGCAGCAGUGCGGGGAGCUGGGCCCGGGCUCGGAGCUGCCGUGCCCGCAGUCCCCCGUGUCCCGCCGCAGCGGCAGCCGCCGCCUGCUGAGACCCGACUCGCUCAUCAUCUACCGGCAGAAACGGGACUGCCUGGGCGGCGACAAGGAGAACGCCAAGGGCUCCGGGCUGGUGCGGCGCCUCUUCCAGGGACCCCUCAGAGCCACCCCGCCCAGCUCGCCCCCCGCCAGGCCGCUGGGCGACGGGCCCGGAGCCCCCCGGAGCCCCGAGACCCCCAUGCUGUGGGCGCCCGCCGAGAAGGAGGAGGCGCGGACACCGGGAGGGGACGGCGGCGGUGACAGCGGCGGCAUCUUCCCCGUGCCCGCGGAGCAGCCGCCCGGUGCCGCCGGGAAGGAGCCGCUGGCUCUGCGCGUGUCGCUGCCGCUGUCGGAGCAGGAGCGCUUCUUCAACUACUGCGGGCUGGACCGGGCGCAGGUGGAGCUGCUGGGCCGGGAGCGCUUCGGGCCCGCGGGCUGGGACAGCGCCUCGGUCCGGGCCGGCUCCUGCGAGUCCGAGCCCGGGCGGGUCGGGGGCAGCGAGGGGGACGCGGGGCCGGGCGAGGAGGAGCCGGAUGCCCGGCCGGGCUCCGCCGUCUCGGUGGUGGAGCGCAACGCCCGCGUCAUCAAGUGGCUCUACGGCUGCCAGAGAGCCUGGGCGGCUGCCAAGGAGUCCACGGUGUGAGAGGGGACGGCCUGGCCGGGACCGGGACACCCGCGGGGCUCCCGC